CCAUGGCUGAAGAUCUAUCCAGGGUUGAAGAACCAUCCAAGGCGAAGUUCAGCAGAAGUUAUGUGCAAUGGUCUCCAGAGAUGGACCAUGCGUUGUUGGCGGUGCUUGUUGAGCAUCACAACAAUGGUGAUCAUGCCCAAAAUGGAUGGAAGCCACAUGUCUACAAUGCUGCUAUAAAGGUUGUACGUGACCAAUGUGGAGUGACUGUCACAAAGGAUAAAAUUGUAUCCAGGUGCAAAACUUUUGACAAGCAUUAUGAGAUCCUUAGCAAAAUUCUUGCUCUGAGUGGAUUUGGUUGGGACAAUGAGAAGAACGUACUGUCCAUUGAUAGUGAUGAUGUAUGGAACAGAUACGUGGAGGCUAAUGAAAAAGCAGCUAUUUACAAGAACAAAGUAGUGCACAAUUGGGAUGACAUCUGCACCAUAUACUCAAAAGAUCAUGCCACUGGUGAAGGUGCUAGGACAGGAGCUGAGAUUGCUGCAGAUCCGCAACCAGAAGACAAAGAAAUCUCUCCGGAAUCUGUUGAACCAGCUCCAAAGAAGCAGCGGGCGUGUGACGCAAUUCUGUGCAUGAUUGGAGAGCUGAAGACAUCAUUCAAUGAUGCUUUGAAGACAACUGAGCCAUUACCCAUGCCACAGAUUACUCCUCCUGCUGAUAUCCUUGCCGCACUUGAUAAGAUACCAGAUUUUUCUCAGAGUGACAAGCUGCGAGCAUAUGGUAAGUUGAUCCUUAGUGAACGCUUAUUCCAAGCACUUAUGGAGCUCCCCAUGGCCUUCAGGAAGGAAUGGUUGUUGAUGCUGAAUUAGAGGAGUGCAAUUUAAUUCAUAUGACAUGUGCGACCUAUCCUAAGAACUUGUAAUAUUGCGUACCAGAUUGUGUAACGUGUGGUGAACCUUUUGAAUUA